AUGUCUCAUCUCCCAAAUCCAUCGUCAUCAAGUUCCAACGAGACGAGUCCUCAAAAAACUCCCAGAGCAUUCAGUGAAUUCGAAUUGUUCAAAAAUGCACUCCGACUAUGGUAUAUUCCAUUGAGAUCAACAGAUAAGGACUACAAAGUGGCGGAUACUUACAACGAAUUCCUCGAAGACGUCCAUAAACAUCUCCAUAUCGGCUUUAGAGAUAUUAGGCAUCAACUCUACAACCAAAUGUGUAUGAAUUUCGAAACUGAAAGAAAAGGAGAGAUUCUCGCUGAAAAUUCUGAAAAUUCUCCGAUAAAACUGCCGAAAGAAGUUCACGAUUGGAUUCAUACCGAUACUGACAACUGCUACCCGAAAAUUGAUGUUAAGAUGCUUCAUUUUCCUGCUACGAAACUUCCAGAAUCAGAAUUCAGUGGCGACGAAACUGGCGAAGAACUUCUGAAGUCCGACGAUUCGCGUCGUCCGUACAAGACGACUGCUCAGAAUCUCAGACUCAAUAAUCCGUAUUUUCUCGAGCAUCCGAAAAAUCCAACGGGUCAGACACGUGCCGAAAUUCUUGAAAGAUUGAAACGAUUUGGUGAAGAAAAUGACAGAAUUCUGAGGGAGAUGAAUCAAAAGAAGACGGGCGGUCGAAUCAGGAAAGAGGUUACUGAAAAGAAAAAGAAGAUGCCGAAGGGAAUUGGAUAUGAUGAGGCUUAUAGAUGUCUGGCGAGAGAAAAGGAGGGCAUGGAUGGAUUAGAGGAGCUUCGGAAGCUGAGGGAAGAACUUGAGGAGUCCGAGAAGUGUCAGAAGAUUUUAGAUGAAUCGCUGGCGAAAGAUGAGAAAAUUGAUGAUUUGGAGAAGAGAUUGAAGGAAAAGGAGCGAGAGAAUGAAGAGUUGAAAGCGUCGAUUCGAAAUAUGAUUGUUUCCGAUCGAGAGGCUUUCAAAAUGGAAGAAAAGAAAAUGAAUUCGGAUCGAAUCGACGAACUGACUGCUCAAAUGGAGAAAUUGACCAAAUGCGUUGAGAAAUUGAUGAAAUAA